AUGUCAAACAACAUCGACGACGAUUCCAUCUCUGUUGACAAUAUUGUCGACCGUCUUUUGGAGGUGAGAGGAUCGAGACCUGGAAAACAAGUUACAUUAACCGAAAAUGAGAUUAGAUUCCUUUGUACUAAAGCCCGUGAAAUUUUCAUCCAGCAACCUAUUCUUUUAGAAUUAGAAGCACCAAUCAAGAUUUGUGGUGAUAUCCACGGACAGUAUUACGAUCUACUCCGUUUAUUCGAAUAUGGUGGCUUCCCCCCUGAGGCCAAUUAUUUAUUUUUGGGGGACUACGUUGAUCGUGGUAAACAAUCAUUAGAAACAAUUUGCCUUUUACUUGCCUACAAGAUCAAAUAUCCAGAAAACUUUUUCAUUCUUCGUGGUAACCAUGAAUGUGCCAGUAUCAACCGUAUCUAUGGAUUUUACGAUGAAUGUAAAAGAAGAUUCAACAUAAAGUUAUGGAAGACAUUCACAGAUUGUUUUAAUUGUCUUCCAAUUGCUGCCAUAAUUGACGAAAAAAUUUUCACAAUGCAUGGAGGUUUGUCUCCAGACUUGAACUCUAUGGAACAAAUCAGAAGAGUGAUGAGACCAACCGAUAUUCCUGAUGUCGGGUUGUUGUGUGAUUUAUUAUGGUCAGACCCCGAUAAGGAUAUCACUGGAUGGUCAGAAAAUGACCGUGGUGUGUCGUUCACUUUUGGACCGGAUGUUGUGUCUCGAUUUUUACAAAAGCAUGAUAUGGACUUGAUCUGUCGUGCCCAUCAAGUUGUUGAAGACGGAUACGAGUUUUUCAGCAAACGACAAUUGGUGACAUUGUUUUCGGCACCAAACUAUUGUGGUGAAUUCGAUAAUGCUGGUGCCAUGAUGUCAGUUGAUGAAAGUUUGUUAUGUUCAUUCCAAAUUUUGAAACCAGCAGACAAGAAACCAAGAUACGCCCCAGCAAAUGUGGCAAACAACCGACCAGGAGCCAAUCAAAGAAAACCAAAGAAGACUGUGAAAUAA